AUGAUUCUUACAUUUUCAAGUAUUAAUAAAGUCAUUAAGAACAUAGAAGCAGACCCAGAUACUAAGUUCGAAAAGAUAAUUCCAAUUAUCUGUGAGCAAUUCGGUUUUGAAAGCUGCAAAUUAAUUUAUGGAGGAAAAAUUAUCAAUCCAGAGAAUACAGUUGAGUCAAUUAGCUACAAACCAGAUUCAAAGAUUCUUAUUACACCACUUGGAAAGAAAUCACCAGCUCCAGCUCCAGCUGCUCCUGCAACUCCAGCUCCAGCAGCCGAAGCACCGGCCACACAGCCAGGAACCACACCAGCAACAACAGAAUCUACAGCCGCACCAGCAGCUCCAGUUUUAAUCGGUUCAAUAAAGAGAUAUCCAAGAAAGAAGUUAAUUCCAAGCCCAACAAUAUCAACUGCAUUAGAAAUCAAGUACGAAUCUACAGGAAAGAAUGCUCAGGAAGCCAAUCCAAUGGAUUCUCUCUCUGACGAAGAAUUCAUCAAAAAUAAAAUCCAAACUUUACCAAAUAAAGAAAAAUUCGAUGAAAACGUUGCUGAACUUCUCAACAUCAACCCAGACAGGAACCUUGUUAUCAGAGCUCUUUUCGCUACAGAUAAUAACGUCUUAUUCGCCUCCAACAUGCUCUGCUUUGAUCCAAGCAAGAUUCCUCCGUUGAGACAACCCGCUGUACAACCAAGAUCUCAACCAUUUGAUGUGAAACCAGUUCUUGACAACGUAGCAAAGAAUCAAAUUAUUACAACGAUUCUUCCACCUCAUUUAGGCAUUGAAAGCGAAUUAUCCGUUCCAUUAGCUACUAUUGAUCAAAUAGAAAUCCAGAUUUUGCAGAGCAACACAACUAAAAAGGUGAAUUAUUUCAAGAAGAUUUUCACACAAAGUGGAAUUCUUAUUGGUCAGUACUCUAAUUUACUUGCUAGAGUUGGCAUCAUCCCCAACAAUGAUCCAGCGCGCGCAAUGGCCGUUAUAGGUUUGGUAACAGUAUCUGGAGUAAUACUUCACAUUUCUCAACUUCCUUAUCUAUCAGAAAAGUCAAUUACUGGAAAUGCUCCUGAAUUAGAAGGACUUUCCCAAGCUGAUCGCGAAGCUGUUCUAAGUAUCGCUCAGCAGACUGGUGUUCCUCUUGAUAUAGCACUACAAUAUUACGAUGCUUGUGACCAUAAUGUAGAUUUAGCAAUCCAACAAAUUCGGUUCUCAAUGCAAUAA